AUGAUGAUCUCGGAAAGUCAGACAGUUCCUCUGGCAGUAUGGACAGCUUUCAGAGCACCAGAGAUAUUGAGUCCAGGAUGAGGAAUGAGACCAGAUUGAGGCUGUUCACCCUGGACCCUGACACACAGAAACUGGAUUUCUCAGGGAUUGAACCAGACGUGAAGCAGUAUGAGGAGAAGUUUGGCAAACGUGUGCUGGUGAACUGCAAUGACCUUUCAUUCAAUCUGCAAAGCUGUGUGGCCGAGAACGAUGAAGGGCCGACAACAAAUGUGGAGCCCUUCUAUGUCACUCUCUCACUGUUUGAUAUCCAGAAUGGGAGGAAAAUCUCCUCUGACUUCCACGUGGACUUAAAUCACCCGUCUGUGAGAGGCAUGAUGCCCAGUACCAUCAGCCAGUAUAUAAAUGGAGGAGGGGACGCUCACAGUGAGGGGCAACGGUUGGUCCACGGGUUGCCAGAGGCAGCCAUGCAGUAUCCCAGACAGGGGGUGUUCUCGAUUACAUGUCCUCACCCAGAUAUCUUCCUGGUGGCUCGCAUAGAAAAGGUUCUUCAGGGCGGAAUCAACCACUGUGCCGAGCCGUACAUGAAGAGUUCAGAUUCCACCAAGGUGGCACAGAAGGUCCUGAAAAAUGCCAAGCUGGCAUGUAGCCGGUUAGGCACGUACAGGAUGCCUUUUGCCUGGGCAGCAAGGCCUUUGUUCAAAGACGCUUCAGGGACACUGGACAAAAGUGCUCGUUUCUCAGCUCUGUACAGACAGGACGGCAACAAGCUUUCGAAUGAUGACAUGCUCAAGCUGCUGGCUGAUUUCAGAAAGCCAGAGAAGAUGGCCAAGCUGCCCGUAAUCCUCGGAAACCUUGAUGUUACCAUUGACAGUGUAGCCCCCGACUUGACAAAUUGUGUUACCUCAUCCUACAUUCCUGUGAAGCAGUUUGAUGUCAGCGAGAGAACCAACAUCUUCUUUGAAGUGGAGGAGUUUGUGCCGUGCCUAGCCAAAUGUUCUCAGCCUUUCACCAUCUACAACAAUCACCUCUAUGUCUACCCCAAGCACUUGAAGUACGACAGCCAAAAGUCAUUUGCAAAGGCUCGAAACAUAGCUGUCUGCAUUGAGUUCAAAGACUCGGAUGAAGAAGAUGCUGUUUCACUGAAGUGCAUCUACGGUCGACCCGGAGGACCGUUGUUUACUAAGAAUGCCUUCGCUGCUGUUCUGCAUCACCAGCAGAACCCCGAAUUCUAUGAUGAGUUCAAGAUUGAGCUGCCAACCCAGCUCCACGAGAAACACCACCUCCUCUUCACCUUCUACCAUGUCAGCUGUGACAGCAACAGCAAGGCCAGCACCAAAAAGAGAGAACUGGUUGAGGCACAAGUGGGUUAUGCCUGGCUCCCUUUGCUGAAGGACGGCCGGGUGGUCAUGAAUGAGAUUCAGAUUCCUGUGGCUGCCAACCUGCCUGCUGGAUACCUCGGCUUUCAGGAGGGUGCUGGCAAGCAUUCAGUUCCUGAAGUCAAAUGGGUGGAUGGAGGCAAGCCUUUGCUCAAGGUGUCCACUCACCUCGUUUCCACUGUCUACACUCAGGACCAACAUUUGCACAAUUUCUUUCAUCACUGUCAGAGCGCGGCAUCUGCAGCCCAGUUAUCAGGAGGAGAGCUGGUCAAAUACCUGAAGAGUCUGCAUGCCAUGGAGAGCCACGUGAUGAUCAAGUUCCUGCCCACUACCCUGAAUCAGCUGUUUAGGGUCCUUACCAGUGCCACCCAAGAGGAUGUAGCGGUCAACGUCACCAGAGUCAUGAUUCACAUUGUUGCCCAGUGCCAUGAGGAGGGGUUAGAGAACUACCUGAGAUCAUAUGUGAAGUUUGUUUUCAAGACUGAGCCAUACACGUCGUCCACCAACCGAACAGUGCAUGAGGAGUUGGCCAAAGCCAUGACUGCAAUCCUGAAGCCGUCUACUGACUUUCUCACAUGUAACAAAUUGCUCAAGUAUUCCUGGUAUUUCUUUGAAGCCCUAGUGAAAUCCAUGGCUCAGUACUUGAUUGAGAGUUUUAAAGUGAAGCUGUCUAGGAAUCAGCGCUUCUCUGCAGCAUUCCACCACACAGUGGAGACACUGGUCAACAUGAUGAUGCCACACAUUACACAGAAGUACAAAGACAACCUGGAUGCCGCUAGAAACGCCAACCACAGUCUUGCAGUCUUCAUUAAGCGCUGUUUUAAUCUGAUGGAUCGAGGGUUUAUGUUCAAGCAGAUCAACAACUACAGCAACUGUUUCAUGCCUGGAGACCCAAAGACACUCUUUGAGUUCAAGUUUGAGUUCCUGCGUGUCGUGUGCAACCACGAGCACUACGUCCCCCUGAACCUGCCCAUGCCAUUUGGAAAAGGAAGGAUAAUGAGAUUUCAAGCUUUAUUAUCUCCACAUGAUAUGGUGGAGUCGUAUGAUGAUGAUGAUCCAGUAGACCUUCAGCUGGAUUACUCGCUGACGGAUGACUUCUGUAAAAACCACUUCCUGGUUGGGCUGCUGCUCAGGGAGGUCACUGCAGCUCUGCAGGAGUUCAGGGAGAUUCGUCAGAUAUCCAUCCAGGUGCUGAAGAACCUGAUGAUCAAGCACACGUUUGACGAUCGCUACACCUCCAAGAGCCAGCAGGCCAGGUUGGCCACACUCUACUUGCCCUUGUUCGGCCUGCUCCAAGAGAAUGUCAACAGGUUGAAUGUGAAGGAGGUUUCCCCGUUCACUAUCAACCACUCCAACAAUAAUGGAAGAGAAGAUUCCCUCCUUUCCAACCCUUUGAUGACACCUCCCAGGUCCAGCACCUUUCUGGACACCAGUUUGCACAAAGAUGUCUUUGGCGCCAUCUCAGGCACCGCUUCACCGCACACAUCAUCCACCCCCAACAUUAACUUUGUGCGCCACGCAGACUCUCGCGGCUCACUCAUCAGCACUGACUCCGGCAACAGCCUGUCAGAGAGGCACAUGGACAAGGGCAAUUCCCUGGACAAGCACCAGCCUGCUGCGACUCUGGGCAGUACACUGCUGCGAUGUGAUAAACUGGACCAGGCAGAGAUCAAAAGCCUCCUCAUGUGCUUCCUACAUGUGCUUAAAAGCAUGUCUGAGGAUGCUCUGUUCACAUACUGGAAUAAGGCUUCAUCGUCCGAUCUAAUGGACUUCUUCACUCUAGUCGAAGUGUGCCUCCAUCAGUUCAGAUACAUGGGGAAGAGAUAUAUCGCAAGGAGCCAGGAUGGGGCAGGACCCGUAGCUCAUGAGCGGAAGUCACAGACUCUGCCUGUGUCCCGUAACAGGGCAGGAAUGAUGCAUGCCCGCUUACAGCAGCUCAGCAGCCUGGAUAACUCAUACACUUUUAACCACACUUACAGUCACUCGGAUGCAGACGUGUUAAAUCAGUCGUUGCUGGAAGCCAACAUUGCCACUGAGGUCUGCCUGACUGUGCUGGACACCCUCAGUAUCUUCAUCAUGGGUUUCAAGACGCAGCUGUGCGCCGACCACGGCCACAGUCCACUCAUGAAGAAGGUGUUUGACGUUCACCUCUGCUUUCUGCGAAUCAAUCAGUCAGAAACGGCCCUCAAGCAGGUCUUCACUUCACUGCGCACCUUCAUCUACAAGUUUCCCUGCACAUUCUUCGAAGGCCGCGCCGACAUGUGUGCCGCGUUCUGCUACGAGAUCUUGAAGUGUUGUAAUUCCAAGCUGAGCUCCAUUCGCAGCGAUGCAGCCCAUCUGCUGUAUUUCCUCAUGAAGAGCAACUUUGACUACACAGGUCGCAAAUCCUUUGUCCGGACACACUUACAGGUGGUGAUUGCUGUCAGUCAACUGAUUGCUGAUGUCAUUGGUAUCGGAAGCACACGCUUCCAACAGUCUCUGUCAAUCAUCAACAACUGUGCCAACAGUGACAAAACCAUUAAGAACACAGCAUUCCCAUCGGACGUGAAGGACCUGACCAAGCGCAUCAGGACAGUUUUGAUGGCCACGGCUCAGAUGAAGGAGCACGAGCGAGACCCAGAGAUGCUGGUGGACCUGCAGUACAGCCUGGCCAAAUCUUACGCCAGCACACCUGAGCUGCGCAAGACCUGGCUGGACAGCAUGGCCCGAAUCCACGUGAAGAACGGAGACUUUUCUGAGGCGGCCAUGUGCUACGUGCACGUUGCAGCACUUGUGGCAGAAUACCUGCGGAGAAAAGGAAUGUUCAAGCAAGGCUGCUCAGCUUUCCGUGUCGUGACUCCAAACAUUGAUGAAGAAGCAGCAAUGAUGGAGGAUGUUGGCAUGCAAGACGUCCAUUUCAAUGAAGAUGUCCUCAUGGAGCUUUUGGAGGAGUGUGCUAACGGACUGUGGAAGGCAGAGCGUUAUGAGCUGAUCUCUGACAUCUACAAGCUCAUAAUUCCCAUUUAUGAGAAGCGCAGGGACUUUGAGAAACUGGCCCACCUAUAUGACACACUGCAUCGUGCAUACAGCAAAGUAACAGAGGUCAUGCACUCAGGCAAGAGGCUGCUGGGCACCUACUUCAGAGUGGCAUUCUUUGGCCAGGCAGCGCAAUACCAGUUUACUGAGUCAGAGCCUGAGGGCUUUUUUGAGGACGAGGACGGUAAAGAGUACAUCUACAAAGAACCCAAGUUCACCCCCCUAUCUGAAGUAUCUCAGCGGCUCCUUAAGCUGUACUCUGAAAAGUUUGGACAGGAGAAUGUGAAGAUGAUCCAGGACUCUGGAAGGAUUAAUCCCAAAGACUUGGACUCCAAGUACGCAUACAUCCAAGUGACUCACGUGACUCCGUACCUGGAGGAGAAGGAGCUGGUGGACAGGAAAACGGACUUUGAAAAGAGCCACAAUAUUCGUCGCUUUGUGUUUGAGAUGCCGUUUACCAUAUCAGGCAAAAAGCAAGGCGGUGUGGAGGAGCAGUGCAAACGCAGGACAAUACUAACCACCACACAUUGUUUCCCAUAUGUGAAGAAGCGCAUUGCAGUGAUGUAUCAGCACCACACUGAUCUGAGCCCAAUCGAGGUGGCCAUCGAUGAGAUGAGCAAGAAGGUGGCCGAGAUCAAACAGCUCUGUUCCUCCAGUGAGGUGGACAUGAUCCGCCUGCAACUCAAACUGCAGGGCAGCAUCAGCGUGCAGGUAAAUGCAGGACCGCUUGCAUAUGCCCGAGCUUUUCUGGAUGACUCCAGUGCCAAGAAGUAUCCUGAUAACAAGGUCAAACAGUUGAAAGAGGUCUUCAGGCAUUUUGUGGAGGCGUGUGGCCACGGCUUAGGCAUUAAUGAGCGGUUAAUCAAAGAGGACCAGCAGGAAUAUCAUGAUGAGAUGAAAGCCAAUUACAGAGACGUGGUCAGAGAGCUGUCCAUCAUCAUGCAUGAGCAAAUCAGUCCUGUGGAAGAUGGUAUGAAGAGCGCUCUUCCAGACUCGCUCCACAUCUUCAACGCUAUCAGUGGCACACCGACCAGUGCCACCAUCCAGGGCAUCCCUAGCUCUUCCUCCGUGGUGUGAUGCGGAACCUGGGACAACCACGACCUCAGUGCUCCGUAUCCUCGCUAACCAGGCACGCCUGUUUUUAUGUUAUUGUCACCUCCAAACCAAAAUCGUCCGUCUGUCAGCUCAAAGGGAGACGUGACGCAAGUACAGACAGAUCUAAAGUACCUCUGACUCUUCUCACUGAAAUGACCAAGGCACUGGACUGUUCACGUUCAAAGUAGGCACAGUAACUGUGGUGGGUGUGGCCAAAUUACAUUUUCCUGUAGGAGCACUGAGGUGAAGUCGCAACCCGAUGGGGACAUGGUUUCAUGGACAGAACUAAACCUGUCUUUUCUGGAAAAGACCGUGCAGGUCUUCUUUUUUUUUUUUACACACACAUUCUUGUCGAGAUCUUCAGCGUGCAUGUUAUUACAAUACACAGAGGCGCUCUCAAGUUUUAAACAAGUUUUGUUUAUUUUGAUAAUGUUACACAAUGUGUUUUUUUUAUGUACAGUAUUCCACUUUUAUAAGCCACUGUAUUGACGUCCUGAUGAACAGUAUAUGCUGCUUACAUUGGCACUCAUUCCUCUGUAAAUGAAGUUCAAUUUCUAUAGAAAUGCAAAUUUGAAAGAGGGCCUCCCAUGACAGCAUUCAACCCUUAAAUCACUUCAUUGUCUUAGAGCGAAAGAGUUUUUAAAUAUUUAAAGCCAUUGCAUACGGAAAGUAUAUUCAAGUUCAAGUUGUUUAUUAAUGUAUAUAAAAAGGAUUGUGUGCAAUAUUUGCAAAGUAUCUUGCUGUGUGGGGCUAAUACACUGUUAAAAAAGAAAAGAAAGAAAGAAAGAAAGAAAUUCACCUUUUUGCCAAAGCGAUAAGGUGCGGAACCAAAAUCUACACCUACUGUGGGAGUAAUAUGAAGCUUUUACCAUUUUAGUGUUCAGAUGUUUAAGGAUUUGUUUUAUAUUUGGGCAGCAAUGGUUUCUUUAUUUUAUUUAACACAAAUUUACUGUUCUGCUGUAAACAAAAUGUUCCCAUAUGCUUUUAAAUAAAAAUGCACUCGUUUCUCUGCA